UUAGCCCUGGGUGAAAGGACAGACCGGUCAUAAAAAGGCAAGGACCUGGUCUGGACAUUCAUGUAUACGUGCUGCUAUCGCCACAUGCAUUGAAACGAGGAAUUUCAUUCGGUAAGUCAAGAGGCCGCCCCCCUCGAUCCCCUUCCCAGCAUUUCCAGCACGGACGCCAUUUAUCGGCGGGGAAAUCAACAUUGAUUCCAGGAUAUUCCUAUUCGGGUCAGACAAGAACAAGAAGAAGUAGGACUUGGAUAAUCAAACUUUGGAUCUAGAACACGAUUAAUCAUAUUACUCAUAAUUAUGUCGAGAUAUUAACGGAUUACUGCGUCAUCAUUCUUAUGUAUUCUUACAUUUCUCAGACUGACUUCUCUUUCAGAAACAAGGAAGGACUGAGCUCCAAGAGAUAGAUAGAGCAAGGGAUGUAGUGAUCGACGAUAGACUACCGAUUCCAGGAUAUGUGCGAGGACAGUAGCACCUUGGACAAAGGACCUGUUCGAAAGAUACCACGUAGUUUAACUAUAGGGAGGAAGCAAUCCCCAGAAGAGGUUUGUCAAUUCAUGGUAUCAGCGUGAUGAGGAAGGCGAUUCAAGUCAAUGAGCUGUAUCAGUUGGUAUUUCUAAUUUAAAAACUAAAAUGGAUGCGUGUACGAACUCCUUAUCGAGUCGCCCUUUGUCUGCCAGCCCUUGCAAGAACACGAUGACGAAUCGGAGAUCGCAGCCAUCGUGGCGGCUGACCCGACAAUUCUCUUGUCUCCUUCGAAGACCGUCUAUGACGAUAUUAUCAAACGCCUUAAUCUUACUCUGGACUUUUGUUGGAAUUUUAUCACCUUCUUUUACGAGAGCACAAGAUACAACAUGGAUAAAUCUAGGACUGGACACAAGGGUCCAGCAGUUCGAUGCCUUCCGGAACCCCGAACUCUUCAUCCUUGGUACACAACCCCUGUGCAGUGAGUUACUUGGUCUGUCACCGGGACAGCAGAAACUAUGUCAGCUCUACCAGGACCACAUGGCGCCCAUCGGCGAGGGGGCCAAGAUGAGCAUCGAUGAAUGCCAGAACCAGUUCACCAACCGAAGGUGGAACUGCAGCACGGUGGACAGUCGCAACGUCUUCGGGAAGGUCCUCAGCAUUUCGAGUCGUGAAGCGGCAUUCACCUACGCGAUCACGUCGGCGGGCGUCGUCAACGCCAUCAGUCGAGCAUGUCGGGAAGGCCAGCUCUCGACAUGCGGGUGUGGCAAAUCACCCCGCCCACCCGACAUCCCCCGAGACUGGGUGUGGGGAGGAUGCGGCGACAACAUCGAUUACGGCUACCGUUUCGCCAGGGAGUUCGUCGAUGCCCGUGAGAUGGAGACAAACCCGCAGAGGGGAAGCUUUGCCUAUGAUCGGAUGAAGAUGAACCUACAUAAUAAUGAAGCCGGUAGAAAGGCAGUGUUCGAUAACGCGCAACCCGAAUGCAAGUGCCACGGUGUGUCUGGGUCAUGCAGUCUGAAGACAUGCUGGCUACAACUGAGUCCUUUCAACCGUGUUGGAGCGAUCCUCAAAGACAAGUACGACGGCGCCACCAACGUCCGCGUCAACAAGAAAGGCAGGCUGGUCAACUCCGAUGUCCGCUUCAACAAGCCUACCCGUGAUGACCUGGUGUACCUUGAACAAUCUCCAGAUUACUGUGUUCCCGACAUACAGACUGGUUCAUUGGGUACGACGGGUCGCGAGUGUAACAAGACGUCUAUGGGCACUGACGGCUGCACGUUGAUGUGCUGCGGAAGGGGCUACAACUCCUUCACGAAGGAGGUCGUCGAAAGAUGCAAAUGCAAAUUCAAGUGGUGCUGCUAUGUGAAGUGUCGGAAAUGCAGAACAUUGGUUGAUGUACACGUUUGUAAAUAGAAUAGAACAUUUAUUGCACAAAGAACGUAUUUAUGAUGUGACGGUGCAACUGAUAGGAGUUAUCCUACAGCUACUGCCACGUAACUUGCAGUUCAAGCCAGACUUGAACUGCAACAAAGAUGACGAACCGCCCUCUUCCCUUGUUUAGAUGCUCUUGAGCAUCACUAGUGUCUUCGGGAUUCGUCGCUAAGUUUACAUCUACCUUAGAUGUACCUAACUGAUGACCUGUAUCGUGUAUGAAAGUAUGAAAUUGCGGACAUUGUCUUCAAGUAAAUAAAGUGUUUAAUGGGACCCAAAUGUGUGCGACAAGUUUUAGUCUUCUGGCUUGAUGGCUGCCAUAGUUUAUUGUUAUUAUUACGUGUACACAUGUAGCUUUCCACAGGUUAUAACAUGGAACUUUGAACGUUUAUUGAUCUCACUCGACCGCUUAACAAUGAAAAAAGCUGCAAAAUCAUGUUUUGUUCGAAGUCUGAUAAAAAGGAAUUGACGGAAUAGUAAGGUGAUCCGUUGUUAUAAUGUGGACUAAGAUUGCAUUUGGAUAGUUAAUAACCAUUAUUUUUACAAAAUGAUCAGACACCACAUAUUGUAAAAUAUUAUAAAGGUGAAGCGUGAAAAUGACUUGAUGAAGGUGAUUUCACUGAACUAAUUCACGAGGCUGCAAUUCUCUUUUCUGAAUUAGAUGAUUAUGAUGAGAAGAACACUUUGAUAUGAUUUCAGAAACGGAUGUUUCGAACCAACUGACAUGCCAGUCGAAGGCCUAUCUUAUGCCGUCAUGAAGCUGUUGUCAUCUUGGAAAGAGUGUCCGUGUCCUUGAUGGAACAUCGAUAAUCCACGGAUGCUAUUUGCAUCCUCCUCGAUAUAAAUUAUUAACACGAUCAAGUACACACAAAUACAACAUUCGCGGGAACGUUGUCCUUAAAACGCAAACUGACCAUGAGCACCGAACUAAAUAUGCAAUUGUAUAGACCAGGUUUUGCAACUAUUUGGAAAUUGAAAGUGCGCCUUUCAAACUGGGGUGAAAUAUAUUUUGAUAGUUAUUGAUUUUGACUACAGUGAUUACCAUAAAUCGUGGAGGGAUGAAUCAGUCUUGCUAAGUCAUUUGCAACAACCAGACGAGAGUGUUAUUUUGGGGGAAAACUGAAAAUAAACCCGUUUAUUAGAAGAGGAAAAUAAUACGUACCGUGUAGUAAAACGUGGACAUGGUGGAGUGUAUUUCGGUCACAACGAUACGAUGUAGUGAAUAUCAUAAUGGAACUAAUUUCAAGACUAAAGACUUUGAAGAAAUUCGGGUGACUAUCGUGUAAAACUCCAUUUUGAUAAGGAGCUAUGUGUAAAAAGAAAACAUUUGGGGUCACCAAACAAGUUAAGAUAUGAUAAAUUGUAAAAGGUAGGCCAUUGAAUCACAGUACUAUGUAUUGAUUAGUAGCUUAAUGAUUUCCAGAGAAAUCUCUUCCCAAAAGUAAAAAUUUUCAAAUUACGAACGCCCAUUAUAUGGGUUGUUACGUCCCGUUACAUCCCGUGUGGUGCGCGUUCGUAUACAAAUUUGGAAUUUUUAUUGCAUGGCGCUGUUGGCUGUACGUAACCAGUGACGUUAAGGUCACCGGCACUGCGCAUGACUGUUGGACUGACGUAUGUUUGGUGAAUAACAGAUGAUCAAAUCGAGCUGUUGCAGCCAAAGCCAGCAUUGUCAUUGUUGAUGGCGUCAGUUAUUCAUAGUCCGAAUGUUGCUUACAGCAUAAGUGUGAUUAUUUGUUUUAUUUUUGCUUGCCGAAUGCCGCGGUCACACGAAGGAAACAAACCCCAGUCAGAUCAAAGCUGAUUACAUGAUGUGUGAUGGCGUAUCAUCCGUCAGUUUGGGGUUGGUAUCGUUGGUGUGACAGCGACAAAACAUAAUAGUACCCGCUGAUAUUACGCCCAUCUAGACUAGACUCUGGAAUGAUGCUAAUCAUAUAUUGUUUCCAUUUAUGUCCAUUUUUAUUUCUCCCAUUCGCUCAACUCGAACUGGGGUAAGGCAUGUAAAGGAGCAGUUGCCAGUUAGCCACAAUGGAUCAGAGGUAUCCAUAAUGAAUAUUCUGGUUAUAAUUGGACGAUACCAUUCCUGUAUUUUAUUUCUUGUCAAGCAGUAUUCCUGGUGUAUUUGACCAAGAAGUAUACUGAUUUGGACAGACUCAAAUAUGAUAAACGGUUAUCAUCAGUACAUUUUAUUCUAUAAAUAAUCAUAAGUGUGUAUGGAAUUAAACCCUAUACAAUCUAUUUGAAAUGCCACAAUGAUAGGUAACCAAUGUUUGCCGUAUUUUUAUAUAUAUUCACUUGAUGGUACUAGGGUUUCUCGGGUUUUAGACUUAUUUUUAUCGACAAUGUUGUACUCAUAGAUUUUAAAAUAAACUAUUAAUCGUUUACUUCUAUGCAGUAAAUCGAUUAUGAUGAAAAUUCUAGACGCAAUUACGUCUUGGUUACGCCGACACCUGUUGUAAUACUCAAACGAUUUGAUGAUAAAAAUAAGCUAUUACCAAGUUGGUUAAUUGAUAUUCUUAGACGUUAUUAAUUACUUUGAGCAGACUAUUUGUUUUGAUUGAAAUAUGUAAUAAAGGUAUAUGUUUUAUGUCUCGAAAUCAUUGUAUAUUAAUUCUCGAAUGUUUGUGUAUACCGAAUUGAUGGAAUUUCUGUAAAUAGGUGAAAAUAAUUAUGUAUUUUAACCGAUUGAAAUAUUCAUGUAUUGACUUUGCAUAUGAAAAGAAGGGAAUGAUUUUCGAUUCCUCGAAUUGUUUUUUUUUUUAAUUAUAUUAUUGAUUAUACCUAGCUUGUAGGUAUAUUCUUACACAUGUUACACUAGUAACACUACCCGUUGAAUCCAUAUGAAAUGAAUAAUUUCAAACCAUUUAUUGCUAUGUAUGAAAAUCGUUCCUACGGUGUUCGUAAAGGUAUUUGUGACCGUAGCAUUAGGGAUACAGGUAUAACUUCUUACAUCAAAAAUUAAUAAUGAAUAAUAAUUAGAUUUCUAGAGAAGACGAUCUUAAUAUUUGCAUAAGUUUUCGACUCUGUCUUCAUUCCCCCCCCCCCCUCCCCUCUCUCUCUCCCCCUCACUCCCCUAUCACUCUUCCCACUCUCUCUCUCUAUUUUCCCUCUCUCACUUACACAUGUACACUCAUUUGCACAGACAGGCAGUCACACACACAUAUUACAUACACAAACCCACACACACGCACAAACUCUCUCUAUCUCUAUCUCUCUCUCUUCAAACAAUAAAAAAAUCAACACUGAUAGAAACUGCGAGAACACUCGACCGCGCCAUCUCUACAUUACACACACACACCCCACACCAAGGAGUUACAACUCCUUGCCCCAACACCUUCAAGUCUGUACCCCUCUCCUUCAUUAAAUCACUUUGAUUCCCUUUCGUCCCUCAAUCCGUUGCUUCUUGCAUUUUUUUAAGAUUUUAAAUUAAAGCUGCUUUCACUUUUCGAAGUACAGAGGAAUGGCCCUACAGAAGGUCAUAUUUCCUCACAGACUCUUCGUUUGCUUUUAGACUAAUAUUAUUAUUUUGGGUUUGACAUCGUAAGAAAAUACAAUUAAAGAUUUUAUUUGUGACCGUUGUGUUGAAAUGCGGGGAAGUUAUAAAUGCCGUAGGUUUAUUUGAUGCUCCAAUUAACCUUUCUUUUGAAAGUGAUACUUUUUAAAAUAAUAUCGCAGUAUUACAGUCGAUUUUUUUUAGUAUUCAGUGUAUACCACCAAAAUGAUGUUAUAUAUUUCCGAGAGAUCGCAUUAAAAAGUGAGCGUGAAACUA